AUGAAGUCCAUAGAAAUAUACAUACAUUGUUUCUUCUUCAUCGUAAUUAAAUAUGUUCAGUGCAAUGAUAACGAAUUAUACGAAUAUUACAAUAGAACGGAUCGCGCAACUUGUCAACUGUACGAGUUCAAGAUGGAACAUCCGAAACCGAUCGGAAUAUUAACAACAAGCUCGGGAAAAUUAGUCGAGAUAAGGGAAACUAUCGGCUUAAAUUCAGAUGUCUUUUCGAAUCAGUUCAAUAUAGACUUAAUUACUCAUACAAAUGCUGAAAGAAUUCCUGAAAGAGUAGUACACGCUAAGGGUACAGCUGCAUUUGGUUAUUUUGAGGUAACUAACGAUGUAUCGCAGUAUACAAAAGCAGAAGUAUUUAAUGGCGUUGGAAAAAAAACUCCGGUCGUAGUUAGAUUCUCUUCUGUUGGUCAAAAUCUUGGUGGGAACGAUUUAGCUAGAGAAAUAAAAGGUAUGGCUGUUAAAUUUUUUACGAAAGAAGGAAACUUGGAUCUAGUAUCUCUAAGCUUUCCUGUAUUUUUCCAUAGAGAUCCAAUAGAUUUUCCACAUUUCAUUCACGCCCUAAAGAGAAACCCUAAAACUAACUUAUUUGAUUUAUCUGCCCGUUGGGACUUUAUAACUAAGAAGCCAGAAGCGUUACAUGGUCUCCUAUGGUUGCUGUCAGAUUACGGCAUUCCAAAUGGAUACAGAAAAAUGGAUGCCUUUCCUAUUCACACUUAUCAAAUAAAUAAUAAGCAAGGUGGCAGUCAUUUUGUCAAAUUUAAUUUUAGAACUGAACAAGGGUUAGAAAAUCUCCCGUCCAAUGAAGCAGAAGCCAUCGCAGCACGGGAUCUCGAUUACUAUAACAGGGACUUAUAUAAUGCAAUUGAAAAUAAAAAAUAUCCCGCUUGGACGUUGGAAAUGGAUAUUAUGUCAUUUGAAGAUAUCAAAAAAAUUGAUUACAAUCCAUUUGAAGUUACAAGGUUGUGGAAAAAAGGCACUUAUCAUACAGUGCCUAUUGGUCGUCUUGUUCUAGAUAGAAAUCCUGACAAUUUCUUUAGAGUUUCAGAACUAAGUGCAUUUAAUCCUGGUAACCUAGUACCUGGUAUACCAGGGCCACUUGAUCAAUUAUUUAAAACAAGACGUUCAUCGUAUCGCGAUACCCAAAUUUACCGCUUGGGUGUGAAUCAUAAUAGAAUCGAAGUAAAUAUACCUUUAUACUGGAAAGUUUAUAAUCGUGAUGGUAAACCUCCUGUAAAGGAUAACAUGAAGGAUGCGCCUAAUUACUAUCCAAAUUCUUUCAACGGACCAGUUCCGUAUGUAGAUCCAAGCCGGCCUAAAGAACGACUAACCGUGUUCGAGGUAAACGCGGUAGACUUAGAUCAGCCAGAAUAUUUCAUCAAACAUUACUUACGAAGGGAUCAACGAGCAAGACUUAUUAAUAAUACUAUCCCAACAUUGGUGCCUGUAGCUCCCUAUUUGCAAAGGAGAGCAAUACGUUUGUUGACCUUGACUGAUCCAAGUUUAGGAAGAGAAGUUUCAGAAAAGUUACAAGAAGCACUAAAACAGCCCCCUCCUCUUCCAAUACGUGUGUUAAAUGACCCGAAAAGAAAAAUAAAAUCUUCAUGA